GCGAGGCUGCCCGCACCAACAUGGCUCUCUACAACAACGGGGCCGACGUGCCUUCACCCCAGGAAGCCUCCAAUGGCUUCUCACAGCCUGGUGCCUCGGGUACCUGGCACAAGGGCGAGGAGGAGGUGCGUCUGGUGGAGCCCAGCCUGGUGAAGAAGGCUCACCGGGAAAUCCUGGACCACGAGCGCAAGCGGCGGGUGGAGCUGAAGUGCAUGGAGCUGCAGGAGAUGAUGGAGGAGCAGGGGUACUCUGAAGAGGAGAUCCGGCAGAAAGUGGGGACCUUUCGGCAAAUGCUGAUGGAGAAGGAAGGCGUGCUCACCAGGGAGGACCAGCAUGGGCGACAAAUUGUGAUAGAAAACCACCACGGGGUGGAUGGGGAGGAGUAUGCGGUGGAGUACGCCGACUACGGCGAGGGCUGCCUGCUGCAGUGCGACUGCUCGGCUGAGUGCUACCGGGAGGACAGCGGCCACCGCGAGUACAGGCUGAAAAGACGCUCGAGCAGCUCCACUUCUCCUCCACCCAAGAAGAAAAAGAAAAAGAAAUCUGGUCACCGCCGGAGCCGCAAAAAGAGGAAACCCGGCUCAGAGCGCAGCUGCGACAGCUCUUCACCCAUCCGCAAAGAAAAGAAAAAGAAGACUGGAAAGAAACACAGACGCGACAGGUCUGAGUCGGGGUCACGGAAGAAGAGAAGACACAG